UGCCACGGACUGAUCAUGGGCUGUGGAGAACCACUUCAGCUGGUGGAAGUGAAGGGGGGAAACCUGGUGGUUCUUGAAGAUUCCUUCCAAAGGAGCUUGAUGAGGAAAGAGAUAGCUGACCUGCCUGUAUGUGUCAUCUCCAUUAUUGGGGAACAGCGCAGGGGCAAGUCCUUCCUGCUCAACUAUCUGCUGAGGAGACUGGAGAAGCUGUCUAAACAGGACUCUGCUGAUGAUUCAUGGACGGGAAAAAGUGAUGAACUCCUCACGGGAUUUUCAUGGUGCUGUGGAAUGGAGAGGCUCACCAAGGGAAUAUGGAUAUGGAGCGAACCUUUUCUCCUGGACAGAAAGACUGGAGACACCAGGGACAAGGUAGCUGUGUUCCUGGUGGACACAGAAGGUACCCUGGAUGUUACCACAGAUAAGGACACCAUUGUGAAGAUCUCUACCAUUAGUAUGUUGCUCAGCUCCUUCCUGAUCUUGAACACGAACAAGCUGGUGGGCGAGACCGAUAUGGAGUACCUGGAGUUGUUUCUGGACCAUGCCAAGGAGCUGACAAAAACUUUGGAGUGGCAGCCAAUGCAGCAUUUGGACAUUCUGGUGAGGGAUUGGUAUGAUGCUUCUCGGUGCUCGACUGCUGAUGGGGAAGAAUAUCUGGAGAGGAUCAUCCAGAAAAUUCAGACGAAUUCCAAGUUCCCAGAUAUUCUGGAGACUCUGAAGUCAAGUGUGUCCUGCCACCUGCUGCCAAGUCCAGGGCUCCAAAUUCCUCGCAGCCAGCAAGGGACACUUAAGGAGAUGGAUCCUGAGUUUAGAGACAACUUAAAACUAUAUGUAAAUUUCCUCCAUAAUUCAGCUGGACAAUAUGCAAAAAAAUAUAUGACGGAACACUUUGUGGAAAAGAUUAAGAGGGUGGUAGAAGACCUUAAUGAGAGAGAAUGCUACCUUGGAUCUCCAGUACAGCUGAGAAGAACCAUCAAGAGAUUGAAGAAGGAGCGAGAGAUGGACAGAAUCCUAAAGGAGUUUCGGGAAUUUCUUGAUGAAAAGGUGUCUUCUUUUGGCUGGUUCAGUCUGGAUCUUCCCAGGUUGGAGCAAGAUGUCCGAAGGGAGUGUGCUACCCUUUUGGAGAGAUUUACAGCUUCUCUGCAAGGGGUAGAGGCAAGAGAAGAGCUUCAGAAGGAACUAAAGAUCAAAUUGAAGGAAGUUGCGGAAACAUUCCUGGAACAAGUCAGGGGCCGAUUUUCAAAUAAAAUCAGAGCUGCCAUCAAUAGCUCUAAGGAAUUUCUAAGAGGAGCAAUGCUAAGAGCAAGGAGAUUCCUUGGAAAAUCUGUGUCUUCUUUUGGCUGGUUCAGUCUGGAUCUUCCCAGGUUGGAGCAAGAUGUCCGAAGGGAGUGUGCUACCCUUUUGGAGAGAUUUACAGCUUCUCUGCAAGGGGUAGAGGCAAGAGAAGAGCUUCAGAAGGAACUAAAGAUCAAAUUGGAGGAAGUUGUGGAAACAUUCCUGGAACAAGUCAGGGGCCGAUUUUCAAAUAAAAUCAGAGCUGCCAUCAAUAGCUCUCCGGAAUUUCUAAAAGGAGCAAUGCUAAGAGCAUGGAGAUUCCUUGGAGAACCUGUAUGGAACAGUAUACAACCACUAAAAAUUAUUUCGCAGACUAUCCAAUGGGCACCGUAUGCAAUGUAUUCAUUAUGUGCAUUGGUUCUUGUGAUUGAGAUGGUCAGUGUGUUCCAGCCUUUGGUAGGGUUAGUAAUAUGGCUUUUGGUAUGUGUAGUGGGGUUAGCAGCUGGGUUUUUUUUCCAUAGGAAUGGGAAAUAGUUAUAGGGUUUCUGGACAAUGGCAUUUUAAAAAGGAUUUGUACUGGCAUCCUCCUUGCUCUAGUCAUUUCUGCCCUUUUGUCUAAUCCCCAAACAGAAGGGGCAGGUUAGUCUACUGAGGCCUCUGGGAUGGCUAAAAAACAAUGGCUCGAUGUGAUUUCUUAUCUGGUUUUUCAACUCACACCUGGGUAAAGAGGAACAGAGAAGGUGACUCCCUUUCCCAUUCACCCUCUCCCCCUCACACACUCUCAGUUUUUAACUUAACCUGAAAGUCAGAAAACCUUACUCUUCUCUAAUUCUUUGGAUCCUUGGUGAUUCUUAUUGAGGGCUUACUGUGUGCAGAGCACUGUACUAAGCACUUGGAAAGUACAAUUAAGCAACAAAUAGAAGCAAUCCUUGCCCACAGCUGACUCACCUGUCACCUUGGCCUUUAGUUUCCCCAUUUGUACAUAGGGACAAUGUCUUUCUUCCAUUCCCCACCUGCCUAUGCAAAUACUUUUGGUUCACUCAAGCUGAAUUUCAAAAUGCUAGCUUCAGAUCCCCUUUAACUGGUGUUUGAGUCAGUUAUCUUUUGGUAGCCAUCCUUCCGUUUGAAAGGUUAUACUGCAUACACGAGUGUGAGCGUGAAGUGUGCAGUUUGCACCUUGCAUUAACAACUUAAGUUCUUCGGCAUAUUCAUUCAUUCAUUCAAUCGUAUUUAUUGAGAGCUUACUGUAUGCAGAGCACUGUACU